AUGGCCGACCCUCUCGAGCCCAGGCCUCUCACGUCGGCCUUCGAAAGCCCAACUUUUGGAGAAGACAGUUCGUUCCAUGUGGACCAACCAGUUGGUUCCAUGUCCAUAUCGCCGUGCGGACGGGACGUUGUUUUAGCUUCCAAAGAAGGCCUCCAUGUCAUCGAUUUAGACUCCCCAUAUUCGCCCCCACGAUACCUUCCGCAUCACACGCCAUGGGAGGUCGCCGAUGUCCAAUGGUCUCCCUUCGCCGCGCGAGAUUACUGGGUUGUGAGCACAUCGAAUCAGAAGGCGCUGGUCUGGAACUUGGCGAUGAAGACAUGGCAGAAUUCUAUUGAACAUGUGCUGCAUGCCCACACACGGGCUAUCACCGAUAUCAACUUCUCCGCGCACCAUCCGGACGUCCUAGCGACGUGCGCCGUCGACAGUUUCGUCCAUUGCUGGGAUCUACGGAUUCCGUCUCGGCCAGCGAUUUCCUUUUCGGACUGGUUUGCCGGGGCCACGCAGGUGAAAUGGAAUAGACAGGAUCCAAAUGUCAUAGCCAGUUCUCAUGACAGGUUUCUGCGUAUCUGGGAUAAGCGAAUGGGAGCCUCUCCAAUACGCUCCAUCGAGGCGCAUGACACCAAAAUCUACGGCGUCGACUGGAAUCGCGUACGACCCGGAGCUGUUGUGACGUGCUCUUUGGAUAAGACAAUCAAGUUCUGGGACUAUAUGGUGGAAGACGAAGUGCCCGAGAAGGUAAUCCGGGCGCCGUUCCCUGUAUGGCGAGCACGGAAUACCCCGUUUGGAUGGGGCGUUCUCGCAAUGCCUCAGAGAGGCAACAGUGAUCUUCAUUUGUACAGCCGCCGGGCUGGAGAGGGUGCAAACCCCGCUGAAGACCUUCCCCUCGUGCAUAGCUUCCCCGGACACAAGGGCCAAGUGAAGGAGUUCCUUUGGAGGGCGCGUGGAGGGGUUACGGAUGGAAUUGACAAUAGGGAAUUUCAGCUCGUUUCUUGGGGAACGGAUAAGGAACUUCGCCUACAUCGGGUCGACCCUGAUAUCCUACAGAGUGUCGGCUUCGAAAAAGGUAAAUCAUUCGUUUCCAAUUUGAACCUCACACGCCAUGGUGCUGUGUACAAGAGCUUCCGUGAUGUGGGUACAAACCAGGAAGAUGAUGAUACAGACUCUAUGUCUGCCUUCCAAAACUCUACCCACUCAUCUCAUGGAUUGGGCAUGAAUACGAUAUCGGUUCCGUAUGGCAGGGCCUGGACUCAGGGAGGACAGACCGAUUCGAGGAUUGGUAUGCAAGGAAGGUCAAACCUUCGCGCCGACACCAAUCCUAUCAGCUGGAUGCGAGGUGUGAAAAUCUCGGGCUGGGAUAUAGAGACACUUGGUGACGAGAUUACGCACGUGGGCGAGAAGUUCACGAAAGUUGCUUUCGAGUCCGUUGAUGUACGGCAACGCAAAGCAACGAUAUCGCUUCACGGACCGUGGGGCACUGAUGGCGACUCCCUCUUCCUCAAAGUUGAUAUCAAAUUCCCUACUGACUAUCCGCGAGCUUCUAUGCCGUCAUUCAGUGUGCAGAAGACUGCCGCAGUUACAGACCAACUUGCCGACAAGAUCAUUGCUGAGCUUCGGACAAUCGCGGAGACAUAUCUGUCUUACAAGAGAGGAUGCCUUGAAGGAAUCGUCCGUUAUCUCCUAGGCGAGAGCACUCUUGAAGAAAGCAUUGCUUGGAUCUUAGGAGAAACAGCCGAAACGGUGAAAUCUCCUGUUAACGGUCAAGAGGGCGAAGAUGAAUCGAGUGACGAAGACGAGGUGGGAAUGUCGCGGAGUCAGGAACUAGGGAUGAGCUCCGAACUGCUUCGGCCCGUCAAUGCGAAUGUUAUGGUGCCCGUGGCGAAAGAAUGCGGUGCACUUUGGGCGAAUGAUGGUCGUUUAGUGUGCUUCUUCCCAACAAAGAAGGACAAAUCCGCUAUUCUUUUGGAGAACUUGGGCUUUAAGGAAAUGACCAGACUUUCGAGGGCAGACAAAGUCUUUGAAGGCUUUGGUCGUUUACAAACGAGCUCGCCGGGGCCGCGUGCCAGUGGAACUAUUACUAGCACGGAAGAUGGUGCUUCUGACUAUUCAGAUGACUCGGAUGCAGAAACAUCCAGCUCUUCCGGGUCAUCAGGGAUCUUGUCUGGGCUGCAACACCGGUUCCCAACUCCCCAAACCUGGCGCAGCGCAGGCAGCCUUGGAUUCUAUAGACCAAGAUCGACGGACAACUCGCAAAGAUCUACUGUUGGCGGAAUGACUACGAAAUCGUCAGACGCUCCACAACAUACAAUUUCUAUACAUGACUUCAGUGACUUGCUACCAGCAAAACGCGAACUGGCAAGCCAAUAUCGAAUUUGUGGCAGAGGAACCGACGUCUGUGCUCACAAUGCUUCGGUAGCUCUUGACCAUGGGUACUAUGAACUCGCUCGCAUCUGGGGUCUCGUGAAGUUGAUACUCCACAAUCGAGGUGGUACCGCUGCUCCACCAGGCUUGGAGGUCCCACGGAAGCCUGUCCACAUGCGGAGAAAGGACAGCGCAGUUGACCUAAGUUAUGACACGAAGUGCGAUAAUGACCCAAAACAUAUGCUCAGCACAGUAAUUCAGUGGGGAGAUCAUCCUUUCGGUGGACACUGGCUUGUUCCUGCUCUCUUUGACCACUUUGAACGGAUUGGUGACGUUCAAAUGGUCGCAAUGCUCUCUUGUGUUCUUCAUGAGGCAAAUAUCCCAAGACCACCACCCGCAGAACAACCCCGGAAUAACAGCAGUCCCUCAAGACCAAUGGAGGAACAGUCAUUGUCACUAGACUUCUAUUCGCCACACGGAGCCAAAUCACAAACCACGACACCUCUCGCUUCUACACCAAAGGAUGUUCACGCUACACCUAUUACGCAAAGUUCUGGACGUUCAUCAUCUGAGAUCUGGCGUGCUGAUUCUACACCUCCAUAUUCAACCGGCACCACCCCUCCUUUGGCCUCGCGCACUGCAGGGCUAGUUGCGGAGAGGAAAACUAAUAAUACAUCCGUGGCUGCUUCGCCUGACCAAGCGUCUCAAAGUCGCACUGGCUCAGGUCUCGGAUCAGUUCUUGCCUCUUCCUUCUCUCGAUCUUUUACCUUUGGUCCAUCUUCAGCCUCACCUCCAGCGCAUGCUCUGUCCAAGAAAAGGCAAAGUCCAGCUGACAGCCCUAAUGCAUCGGGAGGAGCUGGCAUAUGGGCUACAAGUGCCUUCUCUGGAAAGCCAGUAUCGGCAAUCCCAGAUUACCUUACUACUUCAACUGCGGUCACUUCCCGAACACACUCUGACACCGAGAGUGAAAGGCCUGAAAAAACCCCCGGGAAACCAAGAAUCCGUGCGUCUCUCAAGAAUAUCAACGCUUUUGAAAGCGGUCGCCGGGCAGUGAAUUCUUUCAUCGAUCCCAAAAAAGAAAGGCUCUACCAGUCGUACCGUGUCGCUUACGCACAUUUACUAUCGAUUUGGGGAUUGCCGGUGCAGCGAACUGAAGUCCUCAAAAUUGGGGGAGCCACUGAAGCCAUCGAUUCAGCUCUCCAAGUCGGACAUAGUAGCCCAAAAUCAUCAUUGUCACUUCCCACAAUCGGGCGCAGGGGCUCUAGCGAUGUGACAGAUUCCGGUAUGGAGGGACUGGACCUUCAGCGGCAUUGCAUUAAGUGUGGUCGUCCUCUUCAGCUUUCAAUAUUCUCGACACGUGCUAUAGCAGAUGCUGCUGCAAAGCAACAUGCGAAGGGCAAUGUCGUGUAUCCCGUUUGUACGCACUGCAAACCAAGACAGCCCCUACCUCUGAACCUUCCAUGUAUCAUCUGCGGCGAAGUCGUGGAAGGAAUGUUGGCUCCUUGUCUUGGCUGCGGUCAUGUUAGUUGUUUUAACUGCCAUCGGGGCUGGUUCUCGAUGGCUUCGACCACCCCACAAGAUGAAAACAAUGCCGCGUACUUACCAGACAACGGACAUGAGUUCCUCUUUUGCCCAAGCGGAUGCGGAUGUAAAUGCUCCGACCAUAUUGGCACGGAUAUCCCAACCUCGUGGAGCACAUCAUCUAUGGCACAGGAAGGCACUGGUGCGUCCCACAGUCGAUCCGGAACACGGCGAUCGGACGGGUCAACGAGGAAUGGACAUAUCCCGGCCGGGAAUGUCGGCCAACAUGAAGAUGAUCUUCUUGACCACUGGCAAGCGUCCCCGUUCGCCUCUCUCGCAAGAGGCCUGGGUGGAGGGCUGAGUCGUGGUUUGCGGCCAAAGGAAGACAAACGAAAGACAAAGCCCCUUGGAGCUUCGUUCAUCCCGAAGAGAUCAUCCAUGAACCAGACCUUCUGUGCCUACCAAAUGAAAGUAUUUCGAGACCUUAUAGUGCUCCGUGCGAUUAUCAGGACAGAGUAG